UCAUGAGAACACUGUGGUCAAACCUGGGCAGAGGAAGUGACUGUGUAGAUUAUAGUUCGGCGUGAUUGAAGCCUAGAUUUAUAUCUAGGACGGUUAUUUAGUGAUUACUUUGUCUUUGUUUUCUGAGUGACUGAAAGAGUACAAUGGCUGCUAUCCGAAAGAAGCUGGUGGUGGUCGGGGACGGCGCGUGCGGCAAGACGUGUCUCCUGAUCGUGUUCAGCAAGGACGAGUUCCCCGAGGUGUACGUGCCCACGGUGUUUGAGAACUACGUAGCGGACAUCGAGGUGGACAGCAAGCAGGUGGAGCUGGCGCUGUGGGACACGGCCGGCCAGGAGGAUUACGACCGGCUCCGACCCCUCUCCUAUCCGGACACAGACGUCAUACUCAUGUGCUUCUCUGUGGACAGCCCUGACUCGCUGGAGAACAUCCCUGAGAAGUGGGUUCCCGAGGUCAAGCACUUCUGUCCUAACGUGCCAAUCAUACUGGUGGCCAACAAGAAGGACUUGCGCAACGAUGAGAAUGUGCGCAAUGAGCUGGCGCGCAUGAAGCAGGAGCCGGUGAAGGGCGAGGACGGGCGCGCCAUGGCUGUGCGCAUCGGUGCCUACGACUAUCUGGAGUGUUCAGCUAAGACUAAAGAAGGCGUGCGGGAGGUGUUUGAGACGGCCACCCGCGCCGCGCUGCAGAAGAGGACGAGACCCGCUCCGGGCUGUGGUCAGUGCUGCAAACUGCUCUGAACUGGUUUCACUGAACUCUUCUGAAAAAUACCGAGAAAUCACGACGUGUCCUGCUCCGUCGCUACACGAACGCACACGCAGAACAGCAGCUGUUGCUGUAAAAAUGGGCGCGUCUCUUUUUUUUGUGAAGAAUAAAGUACCUCUAAAGCCCAUUGAGGGGGAGAGGGAACACUGAAUUGCCCCCUUGCUCGUUGCAUUAUGGGAUCGGACGGCUGGAGUUGAAUGGCAAACCUAUUGGUCUACUGCAAGUCCGACAAUAGACAAUGGGGUUUACAGCUAUGAGCAGCCUUCCUAAAUAUUUACAGGGUCAAAAUUGAAGCCUUGGGUUAUCCUGCUCCCAGACAUGACUACACAGAGAGAGAGAAGGAGAAAUGUGUUGCUUACACUGAAACUGUUGCCAUGCAGUGCUCCAAAAAGCUUGGAAGAAAUGCAUGAGGAUGCAUGGAGAAUGGCUGGAGUGGGGGAUGUGGGUGGUCAGGGCUCAGGCCUGUGUUUCAUUGUGCUUUGCUCAAAAUUCAACUUGCUUUUAAUCACAGCCAGUGGGAACAUACUUAUAUAAUAUUAUAUUAGUGCAUUAAAAUGUUGCCAUAGUGAUCACAAUAUAUACACCAUGGCCCAAAUUUGAUUUUUUUUUUUUUUUUUGGGGGGGGGGUUAAAUUUGUGCUUGGUUACAAUGCAGUCCAAAUGCACAUACCAUUUAAAUUAUUGUUUUGCUAAUCUCUAGGGAGGUAUUAAAUGCCAGGUCUACAAUGAUCAGCAUAAUCCCAGCGCACUGAAAGAAACUGCCUUUUUUUUUUUUUUUUGCUGUUUUAAAAGAAUGAAAAAGAACAUUGUACAAGCCCUUAUCUUCGAGUUUGAUACCACCAAGGCACACAGCUUAAGAGGAGAUUUACAAUAAAUGCAUAUUUUCCACUAUUUAAUGUCUGUGGUACUUUUAAGUUUGGUUUUAAAAUUAUUUUCAUGGUUCAUGUUUACAUAAACCCAGCAAGUAUUUGACAUGACUGAUUGUUUUACAGAACAAAUAUUAAAUGUUUCAUGUGUAUAUAUAA